CUGGCCCUCACUGGAUCUGGGGCCAUCAGGAGGCCUUCCCAUAUCUGAAGAAGCAUGUCCCUCUCCUUCGGUCUUAAAUCCCUUGCCAAUUUAUUUCUCUUGACUGUAGUUACCACAGCCUGACUCAGUAUCUCUGUUUAUCUGUUCCUUGUCUCCCCUACCGGAAUGUGAGCCCCUGCAGAGCCCCCCUGCUCUGCUGCUGCGCUGUCAUCUUUACUCAGCCUCCCUUCCUCCCUGCAGCUGGAAACCUAGAGCCCAGGGUUGAGGUCCUGAUUAACCGGGUCAACAAGGUCCAGCAAGGUGAGCUCAGGGACCUUGGCUCCUCAGCCAGGACCAGCCACGUGGGUUGCAGGGCCCCUUGUUCGUAAAUUACUAAGUCCUUCCCGACAACCAUGGCAGUGUUCAACCAAGCACAGGUCCAUGUCAAUGCAGCAGCUGUAGUCACCUCUCCAUUAAGCUGGCCCUGCUGCAACUGAGCCCAACAGGAAGGGCUCCGGAAGCCUCGUUUCCUGCUCUGUAAUGUCUCGGCCUGUCUAGGUUUGCUUGAAGACAGCUGUGAAAUGUCACUUUGCAAGGAUGGUGCAGCUGCAGGCUGCACUUACACAGCGUCUAUCCUUCUGCUCUUUGGUACAGCAAAAAAGAAAGCCAGCGAGGAGCUGGGAGAGGCCCGGACCGUUUGGGAGGCCCUGCAGAAGGAACUGGACUCACUGAGUGGCGAGAAAGUACGCCUGGAAGAGAUCUUGAGCCAAAAGCAAGAGACCCUGAAGAUCCUUCGGCUCCACUGCCAGGAGAAGGAAAGUGAGGCCCAGAGGAAGCAGACUGUGCUGCAGGAGUGCAAGGAGCGCAUUUCUGCCCUGAACUCCCAGAUCGAGGAAGAGAAGAGCAAACAGAGGCAGCUGAGGUUGCAUUUCGAGGACCAGCUGGAGGAGCUGAUGGGCCAGCACAAGGACCUCUGGGAAUUCCACCGGCCAGAGCAACUGGCCCAGGAGAUUGGUGCACUGGACAGCAGCAAGGAGCAGUUGCUUAAGGAAGAGAAGCUGGCGGAGGCCAAGUUGGAAGAUGUGAAGCUCCGUCUGUGCUCCCAGUUUGGAGCUAAGGGUCACUCAGCCAUCGCUGAGGGGCUGUUCCUCCGCAGCCAGGAGGCAGCAUCUGCGGUGCACCUGUUUGAGGACGAGAACAGAAGGGCCCGGCAGCUGCUGGAGGACACCGCCCAGCACCACGCCCAGCUGCAACAGAAGAGGCAGAGGCUGAAGGAGGAACUGGAAAAGCUCGCAGUGCAGGUCCCUGCUCAGGCCCAGAACAAGCAAGAGGAAAGGGCUGGCUCAGGAGACGCUGCCAGGCCCAAGCCCCUCGGACUCAGUGAGGAGAGAGACCCAGAGCUGCCCGCCAAGCAGGGCCUGAUACCCUCCUAGGCGAGGAGGACCCACCCUGCCCUGGCACUCAUUCCAUGCGCUUUGGGAA